AUGGAUGUCCCAGACGACGCGUCGACCGCUGGGAUGUUGACGCCGGGAGGCUCAAGGCCGGCUGUUGAGAAGUCGAUAUUUGCGGGAUCGAAGAUUGUUCAUAUCAAACGUCCUGAUGGUGUUAUGUUGUCGAGGAAGGAUAUUCAGUUCGAUAUGCUCAACACUAUCUUCACUGAUACCAGGGCUGUAUUCACGAGUGCUUAUGAAGCUGAUCCGCCUUUGCCUCCGGGGCAGGAGAGGCCGAAACUCACUUUCGCUGACCUAUACAUUGAAGCCAUGGCGAAGAGUAGUAAGUGUUCUAAGCUGCUACGCGAGAAGUUUGCGAAUGAGAGAACGUCGGCUGUGGCUAUCGCCCAGAUCUCAUUGCUGGUGAACGUGGGCAGGAUAAACACCACCCUUACCUUCUUUCCGGAGAUGCGUGCCCAGCUCCGUACAUACCACCCAGUACCUGUCCUCCAGGCCCAAGCCUCGGCUCAGAACGCAAAACAACUCCAAGAUGCGCCCCGCCUCAAGUAUAUUCUCAAAGGGGCCGCCGAAGACCGUGCCGGCGAACCCCAAACAUGGGAUGCUCUCCUCGAACGCAUGGUGCAGACCGCCCAACGCCCAACCACGAACCCCAUCAACCUGAUCUUCCUGUUCGCAACCUAUGCGCCGAAACUCACCGAACAACACUUCGCCCCGCCACGUGAGUUUUAUGACUUGUUCACGCGGACUGGGCUGAGUAGCUUGAGUCGUGCGAAUGCGUUUUUGUGGUUGUGUUGGCAUUACUUAGAAACGUCUGGUGCUGCAGCGGAUACGGCGAGUAAUCCGUUCGGGGCACCAGAUGUUGAGGGGACGGUCAGGCUGCCAAAGAUGGUACAUUUGACGGAGGAACAGGUCGCGUUGGAGAACGUUGAUACGGAGGAAGAGUUGGCGUACGCACAGAGGAUGGCGGAAGAGAGAAGAAAAUACCUCGAGACUGCACCCAUCAGCGCGAAUGCCUCACCUCGUCCGUCACCUGGGCCACAGAGUCGUACUCCCGGUGGACGACGACCGAAGACGGGUGGCGGAACACCGCGACCGAGUGGCCUUAGCCAACUUACGGAUGAGGACCGUGCUGCCGCUGAAGGGUUGGCGGCUCUGUUACGCGGAAGUCCAUUGCCGGAUUCGAGGGCUGCAUCGCCGUUGCCGCCGAUGCUUGGUGUUGAACAUGCGAGACCGAGUCAUGGAGGUGCGAUGAGUGUUGGAAGCCUCCUUGCUGAUCCUGAGCCUUCCGCUCCCACCCUCCGCUCCUCAGCCCGUAACCGAAAACGCAAGCAACCCUACGACUUCGGCGACGGCGAAGCGCAAGCUGGCGCCGAGCCAGUUGAACGGGAAGAUCAGCCGGAUUCGAGGGAGAGUGAUAUGUUGAGAGCCAAGAUCGAGGAUGAGAUUGCGGCAAGGAGGAGGGAGCAAACAAUUGCGAGGAGGGAGGCGAGGUUGAGGGAGGGUGCGAUUCGGAGAGAGUUCAGCAGGACGCAGAAUAAGGAUCCAUUAGAGGAGAGUGAUUGGGGUGAGGAAAGUGAUAGUGAUGGAGGAGAGGAGGCAAGGAGUAUGGUGAAGGCGCUUCAGAGAGCGGAGAAGAGGACGAGAGAGUGA